AUGGCAGCAAGACAUAAUGAUAGAAGGGACCAGGAAAAUGCGACUAAAUCGAAAAAGGUUUCACUUUGGGAUGCUUUAAAUCUUAAACCUGAAAAAAAAGAUUUGUCUUGCUCAUCUUCUGCUCAUGAUUUGAGGCAUUUAGAAUUGGAGAAAGAGAAAGAGAAUGGGGCAUCACCAAGAGGAGUCUUAGAAGUAUACAUGAAAGACUUUGAUUCUCGAAUAUUUACUAAACCAGAAAAAAGUUGUUCAAGCACAAGGGCACACUCUAACUGGACCAAUUUUUUCAAACUUUUCAAGAAAAAAUCUUUUAAACGGCUAGGGACCCUCUCCAAUAUUAGUGUUCCAAAGAUACCAAAAUGGAAAAGCAGAAGUACUAGAGAAAAUCACGCUCUUAGCAAGCUAUGUAACUUCAACUCUUCUUGGGUCACUUUUAGCCUUUCUGACCUCAGAAAAGCGACCAACAAUUUUGACAGUGAAAAUAUAAUCGGAAGAGGUGGUUUUGCUGAAGUUUACAAGGGGUGUCUCGAAGAUGGACAAUUAGUAGCUGUGAAGAAAUUGAAUAAAGGAACCACAGAAGAAAAAACUGCGGGCUUUCUAUCUGAGUUAGGCGUAAUUGCUCACGUUGACCAUCCUAAUACUGCCAAGCUGGUUGGAUGUUGUGUAGAAAGAGAAAUGCAUCUUGUCUUUGAACUAUCUACACUAGGAAGUUUAGGAUCUCUUCUUCAUGGUUCAGAUAAAAACAAACUAGAUUGGAGUAAAAGGUAUAAAAUUGCUCUGGGAAUAGCUGAUGGUCUCCUCUAUCUGCAUGAGUGUUGUCACAGACGAAUCAUUCACAGAGAUAUUAAGGCAGAGAAUAUUCUAGUCACGGAUAAUUUUGAGCCACAGAUAUGUGAUUUUGGGCUUGCAAAGUGGUUACCUGAACAGUGGACUCACUAUAAUGUAUCAAAAUUUGAAGGCACAUUUGGUUAUUUUGCUCCUGAAUAUUUCAUGCACGGAAUAGUAGAUGAAAAAACUGAUGUUUAUUCAUUUGGGGUCCUGCUUUUGGAGAUCAUAUCCGGGCGCCCAGCGCUGAAUGAUUUGCAGCAAAAUAUUGUAUUAUGGCUGCACAUGCAUGCAUGCAGACCUUAA